GAAGACGGACGAAUACGAGCGAUGACGAGGGCAUAACUCUGCUUUUCACGCAGUAUAUCGAUAUCCUAACUGACUCUGACUACAUCUUGCAAAAAUGGCAUUGUUGCUUCGUCAUUCGUCAACUACCCGCUCAGGGGCUGCUUGCUUCUCGAGUGCUGCUGCAACCAGUGCUGCGCCCAACGCCGUCUCUGGUGGAGUUGCAAAUGCCCCAAUCAGCCCUGCAGUCAGCAUAAAAGAUGCAGCCGCCACGGCUACUGCGGACGUUUCUACCACGAAAGAUGCUGCCACGUGUUCAAGCUUCUUCUCCACAGUCUCCUUGCCUGGUGGGAAGCUUAUCCCUUUACCGAAAGCACCUCCUACUGGCAGUUCUACUUCGAAAGGUUACCGGCGAAAGAUCGAAGCUGAGAGAACCUUCGAAGCCAAGUUGCAAUCUGCGAAAAAGUAUGCUCUCGGAGAAGAUGGCUGUGCAGCGGAAAUCGAAAGUGAGAAGAGCGUCGAUGCAGUUAUGAACUACUUAGCAGUUCAGAACAAUCGAUCCACUCUUUAGUUAGACGGAGUCACGUGGUCUUGGUCAUGUGGUCUUCAGCUUCAAGAACGGCAUCUUUUUUCACUGUUUGACAAUGGAAUAUCUUAUAACUAAUGACAAUGGUCAAUCUAUUUCUCUAAAAAGACUAGCACAGCUGCUCCAUCAGCGACCGAAGCGGCCGAAGCAGCCGCCGAUGAGGACGAAGCGCGUCGACUAUACAUGGAGACAGCCAGACGAAUGCUGACUGUGAAGAAAACGUUUAAAACUCUGGAUGAUGCAGCAAAUGCAGGAAAUUGGACACAGAUUUCUGCAUGCUUGGCUGAGUUAGAAAUGAGUGAGGACGUGAAUGCGAGAAUCCAGAUGUACAACAUCGCCUUGAAGGGAAUUCCGAAGGUCUUUAGUGGUGACGGAGAAAAAAUACUGGCUGAUUAUGGACAAUUCUACCUGUUGUGAAACAAUUCUUUUUUUCUUCCACUUAAGGAUCUGACGCUGCACUUUGUGGUUUCAGACGUGACUGCUUCUUGUCUCAUUUGUUAUAUUUGUGAUGGCAUCUUCAUGCACGAUGGAUUUGGAGUUGCACGUUAUGAUAGAUCUGUCAAUCUUCGUGCCAUCCCUUCUCCACUCCCCUCUAACCCUGAGCAGAGCAGAUGAAGGCUCGCGCGCUGUCCAACGGCGAAGUGCUAAAUGGGUACACCUACGCCGCUCUGGUCAACUGCGCUUUGGAAGCGCAACGCUUUGAUUUAGCGGAAGAUUACUUCAAGGACUGGAAAAACGCCACAAGUGAUGGACAGGAUGCAAAGAACAUGGCGUCGCAGGUUGCGGAUGACACAGUUGAGCCAAAAAACUCGGAAGCCGCUGAAAAGCCUCGUCGAGCGGACGAAGAAGUGCUGUACUCGACACUGAUCAACGGGGCGUUCAAACUGGGAAAAGCAGAGAAAGCAGAGCAGUAUUUCAACGAGUUCAAAGUUAAGGAGAGAAUCCAUUCUUUUUGGUUAUAUUUCAUGCACGUUAGAAGGAUGAUACUGAUGGAUGAAUGUUAGCGCAUAUUACCAGUUUUUGCGGAACUACAGGCUAGUCGUGGUUUCUCACAUUCUCUUUCCUAUAGCUCUAACAAACACGAAGCCCUGAAGAAAGACACGUCGCCGACCGUUGUCAUGUACUCCAUCAUGGUCUACGGAUUUGCGCGUCGGUGCUCGGAUCACGAUCGCGCCAUAGAGUAUUUCAAGGAGAUGGAGGCCAAUGGUGUGAAGGCCAAUGCUGCCUGUUACAUGGGGUUCAUGAGUUAUUGGGCUUCGCAGAGCAAUCCCAAAAAAACCGCCGAAUGGAUGCAGAAGAUGCUGGAUAAUGAUAUGGAUGUCAUGUUGUAGUAGUAGCUUUUUACCUUCACGUUGGUGGUAUAGCUAUCAAUAAGAGGGUUAGGAAGAAAAUUUUUGAUUAUUUUGAUGCUGACGAGUGGUUUUGACAAGGUCAUGGUUAAGUUACCCUAGGUAGUCCCCUCUUCAUAUCCCAUGUCCGACCUGAUGCGUUUGCCUACAAUUGUGUGCUUGGUGUGCAUAUCAAUGCGAGCAAAGUGGAGGAUGCGCUCCAUUGGCUCGGAAAAGCGUUGUCGGAAGACGACAAGCAGGUGAAAAGACGUGACUUGCGCAUCGAUGGACUUCUGAGGUUGGUGAUUGCAGACGGGAUGAGAAUUAAGGCAUGAGAGGGAGCCUUGUGUGUUUAAAGGAGUAAAUCACUGCGCUGAGCAUUUGUUGAUGCUCCUUCUAUAUUUUUAGAAACGAGAAGAUGAAGAUUUCGAUCACCAUAUAUCAAAACACUUUGUUGAAUGCCACGUUGUAAACCUCUAAGACCAAAGGUGCUCCUGAAGCUUCUGCGAGUGCCCUACAACAAGGCGAAGAAGAGGGUGAAGACAAGGAAAUGGUCCCUCUAGAAAGGCGCUCUCCAAUAGAACAAGCGGAGGCUGUUUUCUCCGCUAAUCUGCAGGGACGCGACCGAGAUGAUAUCAUUGCGUGGAAUUUGAUGAUUUCCUUUCUCUUCUCUCAGGGAGAAGGCGUGAAGGCGCAAGAGUACUUUGACAAACUGAAGAAUCGUCAAAACUCGAAGUCAAGGACUGGACGCACGCGACUCCAUAUCAACUCGUACUAUGAUUAUUUAGAUUUGUUUCUUUUUGUUUUCGUUGCUUUCAUUGAGAAUGAACUGUCAUCCAGAAUGAAGGCAAAAACUUCGUCAGUUGCACUCAUUACUCAAGAAUCAAUGCGAUUACUCAAGAAUCAAAACUUCAUCAGAUACACCCAUUACGCAAUGAUGCGAGGGCUACAAGGGGAGUCGAAGCAACAAGAAGCAAUCGCUUAUUUCGAUGAAAACGUGAAGCAAAAGGAUCAAGCCACUGAAAAGCUGUCGAAUCUAAUGAUGCGUCUCUUGCUUGAAGCAGGGGAGAAAGACCGAGCGUCGGAACAUAGGAAAUGUUAUGAGUGCUGGAGACGUAGCUAUUGAUGUUGUAGAACAAAACCUCGUUCCACUUGUAUUCUAUCUAGUUUUGUUCUCUGCAGAGUCUUUGACUAACAAGAACUUUCGGAUCUAAUAUUCGCAUGAAGUAACUCAAGGUUGGUCGCUGGAUUCGUUGUCCCGACAAGCCCUUGCUGACACCGAUGUUUCUGCAUUGUAUGCGGCGCAAGAACAGGGGAGCGAUGUUUACUACAAAACUGGCGAGGUGGCGACGGCGGCUUCGAAGUUAAGGAAAAGGAUUUGCGUUUAGUACUUUGGUUAAUUAGUAAGAUAGUAAGCACAGUAGAUAGUCAGAUUAGCAAUUUGUAAGAUAGUAGGUUAGCACCAGCUAGUGAGCCCUCGACAGUAGGACCACAUGAGCGCUAUCUUGUUAGCCGACUAGCAUUUCAUGUGACCACAUUCACCGAAUAAUUGCUCGUAUUCCUUAUCAUUGUUGUUCGUCUUCCUCUAAAACGCGCGGGUCAAUUCACGACCAACACGGUUGUGAAUAGCAAAUCGAAGGUGGUGAAUCGCGCAGCCUCGCAAGAAGGGGGUAGCCGAACUAUCGUCGAUUGGGAAGCAAUUGUUGAGAAUGCUGGCGAGGAAAACGAAAAGGUCGCUUUUCUGAACAUCCGUACCGGUGAAACCCUAGAAGAGCAACCGGCGUUUGGCUGGAUAAGGGUGAAAGAUCCGCGAUAUGGCGAAAGCCCUUAUUUCUGGGACGUUACCACAGGCGCGACUCAGUGGACGGCGCCUUGAGAUGGCGUGUUGAAGUUUUAGUAAGUACUGCAGACGGGAACAAUGGAGAAGUUGCAAACAUAUGACUGUCUGGGAGGGAAGGCAGGAGAAGCAUAAUCGAAGCUGCCAACAUUCGAAAUCUGAUAACUAAGUAGGGGUUCUCGGGGUAUAGAAAAAAAGGGUUCUUGAUGGAAAAAAUUUAAUGAGCAGAGUGUGGCUCGUCUGGGCAAGAUAGGCGAUACACCGACUGCAGGCAUGGUCUACUACGCAUUAACAAAGAAUUGAUAUACGCGAACAGAAUGAAAGGUGGCAACAUGUUCAUUAGUUAUGUUUCAUGGAAGUUUUUGUGUCUUAUUUUGAGAAUCAAGGAUUUGGUUUCGGGUGUCUACUGUGAUUUCAUAAAACGAACUUCUCAUACUACUUGAUACAAAAUCGCCGGGUCCACAGUUGGGCCGUCCCUGAGAUUCAUUAGCAUGCAAGCCGAGGUAUGGGGGCGGUUCAUCCUACAACGGUGCUUACCCU